AUGGCCCCUCCAUUCUUUUCAGGAAUCUCUAAAGAUAUCAACGGUUUGUUGAAUAAUGAUUUUUACCAUAGCCAAGUAGCUCAAGUCGAGGUCUCUACUACAGCUUCCAAUGGUGUGAAAUUCAAUGUCAAGGCUAAACAACCAGCCAAAGAUGCUCCAUUGAACGCCUCGAUUGAAUCUAAGUUUUUCGACAAGGCUUCUGGUUUGAAUUUGACUCAAUCUUGGUCCAACAGUAAUAACUUAACCACAAAAUUGGAAUUGGCCGAAUUGACUCCAGGUUUGAAGACUGAGUUGCAAACUUCUUUGAUUCCAAAUAUCUCCAAGAACGCCAAAUUGAACUUGUCGUUUGUUCAACAAUAUUUUGCUGCCAAAGGUUCUUUUGAUCUAUUGAAAUCUCCUGUCUUUGUAGGUGAUUUGACUGUUGCUCAUGAUGGUAUUGUGGCUGGUGCAGAAUUCGGGUACGAUAUCUCUCAAGGUAAUUUGUCUCGUUAUGCCUUGGCUUUAGGUUACAAUUCCAAGGAAUACACUUUGACUUGUUCUACCAAUAACAAGAAUUUGACUUCUGUUUCUUUCUUCCAAAAAGUUUCUCCAAUUUUACAAGUCGGUGCUAAGGCCACUACUUCUUCCAAUCCAGCCCCAGCUGCUUCUGGUUCUACUGCUUCUUCUUCAAACCAAUCUGUUAAUAUCGAAUUUGCCACCAAGUAUAACCCAGAUACAACUUCUCAAAUUAAGGCUAAAUUGAACGAUAACGGUGCUUUGGCUUUAUCAUACAAACAAACUUUGCAAAAGGGUAUUAGUUUGGGUUUCGGUACUUCCUUCAACGUCUUGAAAUUGAGUGAACCUGUACAUCAAUUGGGUGUCUCUUUAUCUUUCACUUCUUAG